GCCCACGGCCGCCGCCAUGGCGGGCGGAGCGCGGCGCCUGUACCGCCGCCUCCUGCAGCUGCACCGCGCGCUGCCGCCCGCCCUGCGCGCCCUGGGCGACCGCUACGUCAAGGAGGAGUUCCGGAGGCACAAGGCGGCCGGGCCCGCCGAGGCCCAGCGCUUCCUGCGGGAAUGGGAGAACUAUGCAGCACUGAUCCAGCAACAAAUUAAUGAGGACAAACAAAACUUGAGAGAAAAGGCUGUAUAUGGAAUCCAGCUGACAGAAGAAAAACUUAAUGACUUCCGUGAUGAACAGAUUGGGCAGCUGAAGGAACUGAUGGACGAGGCUACCAAACCAAGUAAAAACACCAUUUCUAAAGACUCAGAAUACAAAACUUAAAAGAUUGAAAAAAUAUUUUAAUGCAUAUGGAAGUGUUUUGAAACUGCUUUUUCCAGUUGUACAUGAAUGUGGUUUCUGUAAGAUAAUGGAUGCUGCUGAUGCUAUAACUUGUCUGAAAUGGAUGUGUUUCACUUUUUGUGCAAGAAUAAAUGGAAAAAUUGAAUAAUCACAACACUUUUAUGUUAAUUGCAUUAUUUUUUUUCUUCUUUUUUUCCUUCUAAUGGAUGUUGAAGACAAAGAAUUUGGGAAAAGUAAAUUGACAUUUUUAAAAUA